CCGCUGGAUUGUCACUUGGAUCAUUUGACGUACCCACGUUUGCAAGCUGCAACCAACUCGUCAGUCGCUGCAGCAACUCUAACCACACAGGCCUCUACCGAAGGUCACACGGGCACAGAAGCAACAGUCGCGGCUACCACUAACGUUGCAACCGGUGUCUCUUUUGACUCCACUUCCUCUGCCUCCCUCUUCUCACCCUACUUCUCCCUCUCCACCACCACCACCACUCAGGCUGAACUAAGUGUACCCGCAGCUCAAGAAGUCGUGAUGGCGUUCGAAGCACCUCGGCCAGCGCCACCACCGCCUGUCAACAGUGAUGCCAAUCCUAAUCCACAGGAGGGUUCAGGUUCUCAGCCACAGCAGCAGCCAACAACAUCAGCUACGGCGGCAACUGUGUCUGACUUGUCUAUGGGAGCAGUUCCGGUCUCUGACACACCCCAGCCCGUUGCUGGACCCUCAUCUGAUCGCCAUGCCAACCAGGUCGACUCUGGAAUGCUUCGUCAACUUGUUCAUUUCGCUGACGCCGGCAUCGAAGAUCUGGGCUCCUUCCUUGGCCUGACUUCUAGUGAUCCGACACCAGACAGAUUGUUCGCCGUAGAACCGAUUCUCUGGUGUCCCCACUUGGAGCAAGUUACAUCUGCUAGUCAUUGGCGUCCUGAGGUUGCGCACCCCUGUACACGAUGUGAAAACCGCCACGAAAAUUGGGUCUGCCUUACGUGCUAUGAGGUUUACUGUGGUCGUUAUGCUCAAGGACACAUGCUGGAACAUCACAACACCACUCAGCAUCCCAUCGUCCUAAGUUUGGCCGACCUCUCCGCGUGGUGCUACGUUUGUAAUAGUUACAUUCACAACGAGGUUCUGCUAGAGGCCAAACAAGCACUUCAUUUGGCCAAAUUCGGAGUGCUUAUGCCUACUUAA